AUGCCAAACUCCUGGCAUGGCCAGCCCUUGGCUUGUCAUCCAGUCAUUGACGGCGUACCAAACCUAUAUGGAUACCAGCCUUCGUUGGCCGCGGCAGUAUUCUUUUCGACCCUCUUCAGUAUCUUGAUGAUCUUGCACAUUGUCCAAUGUGUUCGAAGACAGACCUGGUGGUGUAUGGCCUUCGUUAUUGGCUGCUUAGUGGAGGUCCUAGGAUGGUCGGCUAGAAUAUGGUCGGCGAAAUGCCCAUACAGCAAGUCUGCAUUUCUCAUGCAGCUCUCUACCUUGAUCAUAGCCGGCAUUUACCUGCUCCUGGGGUAUAUCAUCCGACUCUUCGGGCAGAAAUCCUCCUACUUCCGGUCAGGUUGCUACUUCUGGUUUUUCAGUGCCUGUGACCUCGUUUCCCUUGCAGUCCAAGCUGUUGGGGGCGGUCUUGCUUCCGCCGCACUCAGUGCUCACCGUGAUAUGGCCGAUGGGACACACAUUAUGAUCGCCGGUAUUGCAUUUCAGUUGGCCUCGACAUUGGCCUUUGCUGUCUGUAUGGUAGACUGUGUCUUUAGAGCCGUCUAUCCCCAGCAGGGUACCAUUCCAAGGGGCGUUUUGUUUCUGUUUGCUGGUAUGGUUCUUAGUGUUUUGUGUAUCUGUGUUCGAAGUAUAUACCGGCUGGCUGAGCUGUCACAAGGAUGGACAGGAUAUCUCAUUACACAUGAAAAAUAUUUCAUCAUAUUGGACGCAGUAAUGAUGGCUAUAGCAGUUGGAGUCUUCGUUAUCUUUCAUCCUAGUGUGAUGAUAUCUGCGUCUAAUUUACGGGUGGAGAGACGAUAUCGGGAGCUGGCGCCGAUCAUUGUCACAUAG